GUCGAUGAUGCUCUUCGCCUCAAGCGAGAGUCCGGCACUGCGUGUAGUGAAGCGAGCCACACGUUCCGCGUCCAAGUGUUCCCACUGUCUGUCAAACCUGUUCGGGCAUCAUUCAAUUUCAAUCGGGUUGUGAACUCUGUGCCGUUCUCUACCUACCCAAGGAGUUUCAAGAUGCAGAGGCAGAGCAGCAAGGUAGCAGCGAGCGCGCCGUCCUCCAGUAACCUGCAGAGAAUGGGGCCGAGGGACUGGUGCGUGGACUGCUGGUGCGAGCCGCGGGACGCCUGCCGGGCCGAGAAGCACGCCCUGCAGGACUUCGACGGCGCGAGGAAGGGCGCGCUGGCCGAGGCCGAGGCGCUGGAAAGGGUGCUGGCGCGAGUGCGGGCGCGGCGGCACGCGCUGACCGAGGGCCGCGCACGCGCCGGCCUGCGCCCACUCAGCCUACCCGUCGUGCAGGCCUUCUGCCCGGGUGGCGGUGACUGCGGUUUCGAGUUCAGAGGCGGGGACGUCUCCAUCACGCUGUCCGUCACCAAGACCCUGUCCGCCGAGGACAAGAGGGCCCUUUGCGCGGCCCUCGAGGACGUGCAGCUCAAGUUCGACGGCGAGACCGGCGUCUUCACCAGCGAAUGUGGCCUCGACGUCGGCGACGGGGUGGUGGGCAAGCUGCAGGACAGCGAGGACGGCCAGGAGCUGCCGGCCGGGACUGUGCUGCUCGUCGACGGCAGCCUGCAGGUGCACCUCCAGGCCGCGCGGCACACCGUAAGCGACGCCGGGCGCGCCAAGGUGUUCGGUCACGUGACUGCCGGCCUGCGCAGUCUGGAGGGACGCGGCUGCCAGGGCGAGUGCUUCGGCAUGGAAGGCCCGGACUGCUACUGCGUGUCCGGCCUCAUCUGGGAAAACACCACCUCACUCAACCGCAUCAAGUUCGACGCGUGACGGUGCUGGCGGCGGCGCCUGCCUUCUUUAUCGUGUUAUAAUGGUUUUUGAGUUCUUGACUUCGUUAUAAUUCUAUGAUCUGAUCGUAUUCGACACGGGUUGUCUUCGAGUGAUUGUUUUGGGCUUCGUUGCAAAGUUGUUUCGGUUACUGAUUUAGGUUAGGUUCCACGUGAUCAAGUGAUUAAAAUUCUAUCAAAUGCUAAGGUU